UCGACUCGAUUUCGCUCGGCUUUGUUUCUUUCUUUGCAUCAUCUUUUUUGGUUGAAACUUGUUCAUCACAACCACGGAAUAAAUAGCAUGUGGGGAUGGGGCGGCUCCAAGAAGAAGACCGAGGUUUCGCGCGGGGGAGCAUCCGCACCUCGCGAACCUGACGUGUUUGAUGUCGACAUUGCAGAGCCAGAUAUUUCAGACGCCGAUUUGAACGACCCAGCUUUACUUGCCGAGCUACACAACCUGUCACGUAGCGUUGCAGCUGGUCAACCAACACAAAAAUCCGCAUCUCCCAAAAAAGUCGCUCGUAAGCCGGUACAAGUAGAGGCAGAAAUUGAUGUCGAAGCGCUCGUAUCAGGAAUUCCUGCGGGUGAUGACGAUGUGGACGUGCAAUUGGACGAAUCCGACUUGAAUGACCCGGAAUUAUUGGCGGCUUUGGGAGCAUUGGGUGGAGGGAAUGAGUCUGGAUCGGACGAAAGCGAUGUCGAUAGAAGACGAUCAGAAGAUGGUCCUCGGCCAGUUACCAUUACCAAAACUGUCACAACAAUCUCCAGCCCACCUGAAGGAUCCGCCCCGAAAGCGGUAGAAAUGCCGGUUCCAAAGGCUGAGCAGCCGAAUGUUCAGGAUGAGUCGCUCCCGCUUGAUUUCAAGCUCAGAUCAACCGAUCCAAAUGUUCUAGUCAAAUAUGUCCAACUGGAAAAGAUCAAAGCGCUCAAUAAGAAGCGUGCUGGGGAUCGAGAAGGAGCCAUGGAUGCUUUGAGGGCAUCCAAGACACUUGAAGAGCGCCUCGAGCAAGUGAAUCAAGCGAUCGAAGCGAAGCAGUCUCCCCCGCCCCACGUCUCCCUAACAAAGUUUGAUGAAAUAUCCCCGCCGCCACGACAAGCGAGUAUAACGGAAAAGACGGUAACAGUCACUCUCGCUCCGCCAGAGACGGCCCCAGAGGAAGAGCUUGACUUGCAGACACUCAGCCUAGCCGAUGACGAUGGAGAAUCUAAACAAGCGGUGGUGGGAGGGUUGUCCGUAGAGGAUCUUACGAGACGGCAACUAGAGUACAAGCAAUACGCACUUCAGGCAAAGAAGGCAAACGACUUACCACGUGCCCGGGAAUUCUUGACAAUCGCAAAACUGCUGCAAGAGCCCAUUGACUCCCUUUCUCUGGGGGGCAUGUUGCCGGACGGGUACAAAUUACCUGUACAUCCUUCCGAAAUGCCAAUAUCCGAAUCUCCCGCUCCUGCCCCACCAUCGGGAGCUGCUCCUGCUAGUCAGCAACCAUCACCCGCAAAACAAACUCCAGUAAAACCAGCACCGGGAAAACGGGCAGGGGUAACCCCCAAAUCGGGCCGUAAAGAUGGAACACCGCUGGGCGUGGUAGUUCGGGAAUCCGUCGACCUUCGAGACGUGGAGUCAGCAUUAUCAUCCUCUCCUCCAUCACCCGGACCGGCUCCCACAGGGGACCUGUUUUCCCAUUUGGAAGCGACCCUCGAAUCUCAAAUCGCGACGUGCACAACUGUUGCGGCUCAUUACUACAAACAAACCAAAAAGGCCGAAGCCCUUACCUUUCACAAAAUGAAAAAGACCUUACAGGCAGAUUUGGACACCCUCCGCCUUCUGAAAUCAACGCCAAACCCCCGCCCACCCGCGUUCAAAUAUACGACACUGAGAUAUGAGAUUGAGCAGGCUAUUCCUGAGGUUGCUCCAGAUGAAAUGGAAAUCCAGGUUGUGAGAGCGUGGGAUUUGGGUACAAGGGAGGUGAAGGGUGAGGAGGUGGAGAGUUAUGUUGCAUUUGACGUUGGAUGGCCGCCCGAUGAUGCAGAAGGUGCCGGUGCGAGCGGGGAGGGCAAAGGGGAGACAGCAGUGGUGAAACGGUCUGCGAGUCCUGAGUACGAAUUCUCGAAACGAGUUAAAAUCGCCCGCAAUCGGACUUUUCAGCGGUACCUCGAACGACGCAAGGCCACGUUUGAAGUCUUCCAUUACCAGCGCGGGUUCCUUCUUAUCGGCAAAAAAGUCUCGUUGGGGAGAAUACAAAUCAAGAUGGAGCCCCUACUCACCAAGUGUGACAUUCACGAAGUCGCAGAGUUGGCGGAUCCAAAUAAUCCCCGUCGACUCACAGGUGGUAAACUCGAAGUUCGGAUCCGACUUCGAAGCCCGUUGAACAAGCCUGAUGUCGUGGUGAAGGAGGAACGAUGGUUAUCGGUUGAUUUUAGUGGUGGUAACCAAGUGGAAGGUAGUCCACCUACCGGUGAAGCCACUGCUCCGGGAGGGUUGAAAGUUCCGACUGUCACAACAGAGCAAACGAGAUCUCGGUCCCCAUCUCCUAGUUCCAUCAAAUCUACAUCCCCAGUGUCACCACAAGACGGUGAGAGUGGUCCUAGUUCGGGCGUACCGACACCCAAACGUCAAGCGUCUCCUCAGCCUGCGAGCAGUGGCAGCUCUGCAACCCCAACGCCCAAACGUCAGCCCUCCCCCCAACCGCGAGCGGCGGAAUCAGGGGCAGAUGCACUGGAAGAGCUGGAAAUGCAGUUUAUGAGCGCGGAUUCAAUCAUUUCAAACCUUGUCCUCGAAAAAGAGCACGAGCAAAUCGUUCAAAAAAUCACUGCUCUCCAGGCAUCUCGCAAACCUGUUCCAGACGACUUGAGUGAUCGGAAAACGGCUUAUGAGAUUCGAAUGAGUUUGCUUGUAACAAUGGUUCAGACGGGGAGACUUUCUGUCGAAGAUUACGUUAAGCAACUUCAAAACGGCAUUGCGCAAAACAAGCAGAUUGCGUUAACAUUUAAAAAGGGAGGACGCAUCGAAUUGGCCAAGCAGGCUUUGACUCGAGUCAAACUCAUGACGAGUGAGAUGGAAGAGUUGAGUGGAGAGGGAGCAUGAAUGCCUUUUUCAAUGAUAGAUCUUUUGUUUAUAUAUUUGAUAUGAUCAUAUUGUGUAUCAUCAACCUUGCCGACCAUAUUUCCGCCCAA